GUAAGAGACGAGCGCGGGGGGCACCACACCACAUAUGAAUAUGUUUCUUGGUCGUCGUUGCUGCCAAUCUUCAUGACGGAAAAGUCUCCUGCGUAGCGCUUCUCCUUUUCAUUUUCAAGACCAGUCUUCUGUGUUUGUUCUGCGCAAGCCAUAGCCGUCGUCUUAUUGUCCGUCGCUGCAGCGGUGGCGCGGAAUGGAAAUGGUGUAGCGACUAUGUAGAAGGAAUGUGAGAGCAAAGAUACCAAUCCAGCACCCAGCAGUACAAUCGCCAUGGCUUUUUUUACAAUGAAAUAUGGCACCUGUUGUGGAUGCGUUCCCGCAAAAGCUGGCAUCAGCUUUCUCUCGCUGUAUCGUGAGCAAAAUCAUGACUUCAGACAACAUGUUUGUUUUUUCUCCUUUUGUCAUUUGUUGCCCCCUGCUCUCUGUCUUUAAAUACAACUCAACAGGGAGCAGCUGCAGACAGUCCAGUGGCUUUAUUCGAACAAAAUGAUUUUGCUUGGAUACGUAUGUAUUGUUCGUUGCCGGCUUGGGACAGCUUUGCUUGUGGACUGUGUAUUCCUACAAGACCUUCGGAUACUUGAAAACAGAGCCAGCAACGACUGCCGCGGGCAUUGCACAAUCGCCCAUCAGUUGCGACGCGGUGCAAAAAUGGUCCUAUUACCUGCGGAUCAGUGUGGACGUACUGCUAAAGCUUUAAAUUCACCUAAAUUCUUACUCUUUCGCUUUUUUGCAUCGUGAGUGUGGUGCGAUUCCAUCAGGAUUUGCGAAAUCUAAAAAUACUUGUCGAAGUUGCAACAUGGACAUUCGAUUCUACUAGCUCUUGUUCGGUUCGUUGUACUUGAAAUUCUCAGGGGGAAAAAAGACACACCUGUAUAGGAAAAAUAAAAAAGAUACACUUGUAAGCACAUCCGAGAGAAAACGAUGCGCAUGAGAAGGCGAUGGCGAAACUCUCUCCAACAAGGAUAAUCGCUUGCGUGAAUGAAUGAAUGAAUUCUCAGGGGGAAAGUCAAUACAUAUCUAUCAGUUGCAGCAAGUGCGACUAGGACUACCAACCGAAAAAAGAAAGAAAUAAACUGACAGGCCGUCGUAGCCACGGGCGCCGGAUUCGUUGGCAUUCUUGCGGGGCUGGACAAUUCAGCAGGCAAGCUGAAGUCGGUUCGCACGGGGGCGUUUUUGCUGCUGGGCCUGCGGCUAGCCGUUUUCAUCUGGGACUGCAGUUUUCUGGGCGUCUGUGCGGUGUACCCCUAUAACGUGAUGGCCUCCGCCGUCUUUGGCUCUCCGUUCGUUUCCAACGACGCCCAGACCGCACUGGAGAAAUGGACCCGCUAUCCCAGUCGAGAGGCGGACAAGGCGGCAGGGCUGCAGGUGUUUACCAUGUACGUGGCCACUACCGUUGUGAUCGUUCUGGUCGUCCUCUACCUGGCGCGCGUGAUCGACCGCGCCACCGACAUGAUGGGUAACGGUCCCACGGGACUCGGGGAGUUCUACGGCCUCGUGGCGGAUACCACGGAGAACACCGGAAUCGUGGACGGAGAGCGGGUCCAGGACGAGUUACCGCUCGUCAAACUCUCCGAUAUGGAAGCGUCAGGAUUGAAAUCGUCAAAGUUGAAAUAAUUUCUCAUGCAUAAACUGCAAGGCAUGAAGUGCCUCUAUUGCAGAGGACGCAAGGGAGGCAGAUUGUAAGCCUUUUGAGGGCUAGAAAUAGAGCUGCUAAAGUAGCAUGACAAAAGGCGUUGGCGUCGCCCUUACCCAAACAGCAUGACCAACUGGAUUUAGGCUCUGCCCAAAUUUGUCAUGCGCCUUCUCUGCAUGGGGCGCGUGCUGUUGUGCGUGCGUCCCUGCCAAGGUAUUGCCAUAGUGAACGUGGCAAAGAAAAAUAGCUGCCAGUUUUCAAAGUGUGCUGGUGGUCUGUGCUCUGCCAGAUAGGAAGGCGAAGUGGGCUGCGCCGUUUCCGCCCCCGUUGCUGGUGUAGGUGCUCCGGGGUGGUUGGCUAUGUCCUACAGUUGUAUUGGUGGCGUUUUGUGUGAGGAGUAUAGUUGGGAGUGCCAGGUCCGUAGGGCCCGGGUUGCCGCCGUGGUCCCUGGUUGCUGCAUGACGUCAUUACUCAGACUGUGCUACGAUGUAUGUCUACCUCUUGCUGCAUGGAUUUCCAUUGUAAUUAGUUUCUUUCUGCAUUUAUCCCUUAUCACACUUAUGAUUUUUACUGUCGUAACCUGUGCGUAGUCGCGCGCUUAUUCAAACUGUCUUUGCGCCACAGCAUGCCGUUUACCUAGUCCUUGCUCUCGAGGCCUUCGCCCCUCGUUCGCCUUUUCAUCUCUACUUUUACAUUUCGCUGGUCUAUCAAUUUUCCGGCCUUCACCCCGGAUCCCAGCUGGUCGUGCUUUUUUUCCCGGCUGCUGUGCUAUUUUGUUACUUACUUCCUAUUUCAUGGGCCUUCUCUCCCGCUUUUCUAUUCUGCUAUGCCAUCCUUAUUUUUACGUAUGUGUACAGGCUUUUCCUCCUGUCCAUCUUCGCUAUCUUUUCCAACCCUUCGGGGGGGAGGCCUUCGUCCCUCCUUACAUAUCUUCUUGCUUCUUUCUUCUUGUUUCCGUCGGUCGCGCAUGUGCGUUGUUACCCGCUCAGAGUCUUUUGUUUUCCAUGCGACUCCGCAGCCUCCGUGCUCGUGCAUAGGUUUGUUAUGAUCGUAUCUCCAAGUCUGAUGACUUGUUUUGGUACACGCACAUCCGAGAUCGAGGGGGCGAGGGGGGGACUCAAGCCAAAAAAAAAUUCACCUGAUACACAAUGUCUCGCCCGCAGUAGCACAGUCUGUUUGUGUCAUGCGCCACUUGGAAACUGGGCUUCAAAUGGCAUCCAUUUUAUGCAUGGCAAAUUCUUUCAACUUUGACGAUUUCAAUCCUGACACCCCCAUAUCCGACAGCCACCCGCUAAACAAACCCGUGGAGAUCGGGGAGGAGUACGGCUUUCAAAUGGGAUAUCAAAAGGAAAAAUCCCCCCACCCCAUAUCGAAAGCGUUUCCGUCUGAAAAUUUGUGAUGCGCAUUUGUGACCUCAAAUCCUGUCUGUCUUGCAAGAAGGCAAGUCCAGAAAGCCUUCCGCAUUUUGCAGGCGGUUUGUCAUGCUGUUUGGCUUAGAGCAUACACGUUUGUCAUGCUAGGCGCCAACGUCAAAGCCUCUCGACUGAGGCUUGGCAUAUGCGGCCUGCACUCCUCUACUGCAAGACAAAUCUGAUUUGUGUAUGGAAAUCCAGCAUCAGAAACUUCGUUUCGAUAUGGGGAGGGGGGAUUUUUCCUUUUGAUAUGGGAUUCGGCUUCUACACAGAGCCAGAAGGGAAGUUUCAGACCUAAACGUCUUUCGUGUCGGUCUUCAGGACCACCUGCUUUCAACAUCUGAUGAUUGCAGCAGUCGGAUCAACAUCAACAUGUUGCUGGAUGAUCAGUGAUCAUGCCUGCUUGUUGCUACUGAUGAAGCUCCUGAACAUGUACCGACUCUUCACGACCUUGUUUCGCCUCCUGCUGCACCAUUCGAGUUCGUCGACUGUACGCAUUGCCUCCAAAUUGUGGAGGAAGUUGGUAUGUAGAGGAAGGCGCGGGAAGGGCGUAACGAGGAUGAAGCUGCUUUUUUCUAGGUGGUAACUAGACGAAGUAACAAGGCAUGGACAGGCACAGGGUCAAGAAGGGUUCCGCAGUUGCACA